GCCUCUGACGUCGUCGGUUCGGUUCAGUACGGUUUAAGAAGAAAAACGUAAAAAACACACGCUAAAUACGCAAAGAUUAAUUAAUGUAACAAUUUUCGGCUGUAAAUAAUUCGAAUCUCGGCGUGUUGCACUGCAAAAUUGUUUGUAAAUUGUUGUGUCAUUACAGCGAAAAAAAAAGAAAAAAACGAAAACUGCAAAAAGCCGACACAGUGCGCUGAUUGUCGGACUCAAAAAAUAAACAGCAACAGAUUUUCAUUUUUGUUUAUUUUCGUAUUUUGUGUGUGUGUGUUUCGUUUGGGUUUAUUUUGGUAGCCGCCGACAAUCGGAACAAAAUCGGAGGAAAACAAUAAUAUGGACCUAAAAAUGGAGUUGGGUGGCUAUGUACAGUCCUCGCCAAACACCAAGCGAUUCGUUGUGGAAGACUCGAUUACCAAGGUCACCUCCGACGGCGAGCCCCACGGAAUGAUGACCAUGGUGGCGGGACUGUCUGGAUUGCUGGCCGCCAUCAUAAUUCUGGCCGUGCUCGUCUCCAUGGUGGCCUGUCGCAAGCAAAAGAGCAGCCGGAAGAGCAAUGUUUCCACCAAUGUGGCCAUGACCAGUGUCCAACAAAAUCAGCCGCAGUUGGCCGGCAACCUAAAUGCCGCGUUUGCCGAGAGCACUCUCACAUUGGACAAGGACCAGGACAAGGAGGUCCAAUGGCGGCCCACAUCCGUGGUGGUGGAGCGAUAUUAGCUCAAUCGGAUUCCAUAGCCCGGAAGGAAACGUGAUGUUUUUGUGAACAUUUGAGACUGAGACUUAGCCUAAGGAUUCCCAUCACCAUAUUUUAUUAUAUGCUAUAUAUAUAUAUAUAUCCUUUUUUUCCUUGUUGAAAUGUAAAUACAUAUAUGUUUACGUAUAAAAAAAAUAUAUUAAAAGUGUUAAAAUGGC